AUGAAACGCAGAAUCACAUUUAUUCAGCGCGAAGAUGCCGCAUUUGAUCCACAGCAAGCUGUGCUGACUGCGUCGUCCCUCUCCGUGCGCGACCUCGACGCCGCGCGGGAGGAACGCAUCACCGUGGAGCUAGACCAGCUCUCAGAACAGUUGCGCGCUACCCUAGAGAACUCCCAUGAGCUCCACCUCCGCUGGGCCUCCGAACGAACAUACGACGCUGUCGCGCCUUUCGCGAGCCGAGUUUCGCCAGGGCUGCAUGUGCUAUAUACUCCCUUGAAGGCAAAUGAGUCACCUGAGGCGUUGUGUACACUGCUCCGCACAGUGGUCGGACCGGACGAGGGAGCUCAAUACAAAGAUUGUAUGAAGCCGGAGGACUCGUUCAUUACACCCCCGCUUCUCUCGACGAGAUUCGCUUCUUCGGCCUCGCUACAAUACUAUACCCAACUAUCGAACUUGAACAACCUCGUCGAAUAUAUACAGCAAAUUGUCUGCCCAACAGCUAGUUUGGAUUGCCAGACCCAAGCUGAUGCACUACUCACUGCGGACUCAAUCGACAUCGACUAUGACAGUAUCUCACAUGCUCUUACGGUGUCAGCGUUCUGGGCCAGCCCGCCGGAAGGCGGCUGGAGAGACGAGGUCGAAAAGCCAUCUUCUGCUGCCGACCAGAUCGAAUUUGGUCUGCUUGGUGCCGAGCCUGGGCUUGAGCCCGAAGAUAUCAAGAUGGGUGGGCUGCUAGCUAUUGUUGGCGAGGACAAGAAAUUCAAACCUACCAUGUUCUCAUUCCCUUCGCGCCACCAGCCUCUCAGAGAGCCGUCCAGCUACACCGUCUCGUUCACCCCUCCUACGGGCCUGCACCCCGAAAUGUCUAUAAACAUACCUAGAUCAUCCCUCAAACGACCACCGGCACCCGAAGAUGCAGUCUGCGCAUUGCACACAUACCUCACCCUCCCAUCCACCAUAUUCGGAGACCAGUACCAGCUCGGAACAACAGACCCUCUAUUCCUGGAAUCCCACAACCACGUAGCCCUCCGUGCUCAUGCCGGUGAGAUGGACCUCGAAGCACCAGAUUGGGUCGUCGAGCGCUGGGGAUCGAGUUGGCUUUGGGAGAUAGCCACGCCCCAGUCCAACCCAGAUGACACAGCAGAUGCUUCGAAUUGGACAGUCACGAUCCCGUUGCACUUGCGGUAUCUCCCACCCUCGGAAACAGGAUACCGCACUGCGCACGUGCCGUGGCCAGUCGUUUUCUGGGCCUGUCAUACUGAAGAAGGAACGAAGAUGGGUGUAAACCCAUUCGACCGCACGAACCUUGGUUGGGAUGGCUUGUUCGGUCCACGGACGAUGUUUUAUCAGCUUCAGCCGGCGGGAGAUAGCUUGAUUGAGGACGUCGAAGUGCCGGUUUUGCGUCUGGAGAAUGACGGGCUUUUCCAAGGCAAGCAUAUCGAGCUGGGUACCUGUGUGGUAGUCUCGCUUGGGUUCUUGUGGGUGCUUUGGAAGCUUUUCCGGGUUGCUUGGACGUCUGGGGUAGGGUCAAAUGACCAGGCUGGGCGGACUGGAGCUGCUCAUGAUAAGAAGGAUUGA